UAGAAAUGGCGUCUGCCAUGAGAGCACUGAUCUUCUUCGUCUUGAUUUCACAACUUUUGUUUAGCUCUUCCGGUACGGCGGCGUUGAUCACAUCUCCGCCGUCUUCGCUCCUUGCUGACGUCUUUUCCAAGCUCGGGUUCCGAGAACUCGCCGCCGUAACCGCCGCAGCCAAUAUCUCCAUCGCCGCCGCCGCAGUCACCGUCUUCGCUCCGUCGGAUUCCGCGUUUCUCACCUGCCCUUCCUGCUCCCUUCCGUUGCUUCUUCAAGAACACUCUUUGCCGGGCCUCUACUCGAUCCACCACUUACGAAGUUUCGCGUUCGGGACGAAAAUCGAGACCUUGGCCCGCCACCGCUGCCUCACCGUCACGUCCUCCGCCGCCGCCGCGGCGGUCGCCGUCAAGAAGGUUUUCGUCAACGGCGCGGAGGUGACCAAGGCGGAUCUUUUCAACAAUGGCCGCGUCAUAAUUCACGGCCUGCAGGGAUUCGUGUCUCACUUAUCGGAUCUUUCGUGCGAGGUUGACCGGCAGACGACUCUCGUCGUCUCGCCGGCGCCGGCGGCCGGCGUAUUCGCGGCGCGUCGGAUGCUAAAAACAGCCAUGAUGCAGCUCCGGGCUAGUGGGUACAGUAUUGUGGCGCUCGCCAUGCGCGUGAAGUACACGGAGCUCUCUGAGCUCACGACGAUGACCGUUUUCGCCCUCGACGACGCCGACAUCUUCGCCGCCGGCGAAGGCCACGCCUACGUGGCGGACCUGGGAUUCCACAUCGUGCCCAACCGCCUUCUGACGGCCUCUGAGUUGAUCGCUCUGCCGCCGGGAACUGUACUUCCGACCAUGGAACGUGGGCGGAGCCUGGUGGUUACCACCGCCGGCGGCGGCGGCGCUUUUACGCCGUUGAGGAUCAACUUCGUGAAGAUUAAGAAUCUUGAUUUGGUGACUAACGGAAGGAUUGUGGUUCAUGGACUUUCAGCGCCCUUUCGCGCAUUGGUCCGCAUCAAACGGAUGGUGGGAGAUUCAGCAUGAUGGAGGCUCAAGUACACG